AUGGCUGCUAUUAAUGAGUUUCACUCUAAAGAGAAAUUGGACUGGAGGUUGAACAUGAUCUUCGCGAAACUGAUUCCUAAAAAAGAAGAUUCUGAAACAGUAAAGGUAUUCAGGCCUUUGAGCCUCAUUAGCAGCUUCUAUAAAAUCAUCUCUAAAGUUCUUGCUGAAAGAAUUAAGGUGGUGAUUCCAAGUCUAAUAUCAAAUGCUCAAGGUUCAUUUAUUAAGCAUAAGCAGAUUCUAGAUGGAAUUCUUAUUGCUAAUGAGUAUGAAGUUGUAGCAGACAAUAGAAUUGGUGGAUUUCAAGUAGCUGAAGGAGGUAUUAUGGUUUCUCACCUACAAUUUGUUGAUGAUACAAUUAUAAUGCUUAAUGCUUCAACUGUGGAGGUAAGGGGAUCAUUGAUCAUUUUUAUGUUGUUUGAGAUGAUGACUGGUUUGAAGCUGAAUUUAGAUAAGAGCCCAAUGAAAAGUAUAGGGGAAGAUGAUUAUAUUCAAGAACUAGCCAUAAAAUUGGGGUGUAAAGUUGAUUCCUUGCCAAUUACUUAUUUGGGCAUGCCAAUUGGUGCUACUAAAAUAAGUGUGGCAAUCUGGGAUGUCAUAAUUGAAAGAAUGAAGAAGAAAUUAGCUCCUUGGAAGAGAAAAUUCCUCAACAAGGCAGGUAGAGUAACUUAUUAG